AUGCGCCCGCCGCAGCUGGAGACUUGUGAUAAGUUCGGUGAAAUAUCAGGGGCUACGCAACAUCAAUCUCAUCAAUCUCAAGGCCACCAUAGAAAAAAUAGUGAUGAUGAUUUGGCUUGCGCACUGAAAGCUUCCAAGGAAGAGCAUGAGCGACAUGAAUCUGAUAUAGCUCAGUCGCUCGAGGAAGCUCUGGUUAGAUCACUCAUGGACGAGUCACGACGUAGCUAUCAAGAUGCAGUACUUCCUGAUGCACUCUCAGAUGCCGAACUCGCAUUACUCCUAGAAUCAACCAGGGAAUAUCAUGAUGACCUUGGAAUCGAGGAACAGAAUUUGACAUGUGUGCUUGAGAUGUCAAAGAAGGAGGAUUUGGAUCGUGAACUGGAAAAUUCACUCCGUCAAGCUUUGCAAUUGUCACUCGAAGAAUCUUUAUCUAGAAAGCCUCAUGACCAGCCCCAUGACCACGUUGAGCCAAGCACGAGUCCGAAUCAAAAUUCAAAGCGAGUUCCACCGACUCCAACAGUACCUCAGAAUGGGGCACGGCAAACCUCUCGACGAGAAUUGAGUCCACUUCAACGAGGCUCUUUAGCUGAUCAAGUCAAGGAUUCCAUCUUCGCCUUGGCUAAAUGCCUAUUAGUUGGAGUUUCUAUUAAUUCCAGAUUUAACCAAAACAUAAUUAAGGCCGGUGCAUUUUUCUAG